AAGCUGCUCGCAGACGCACUCAAGCAUAUCUUUUGAUGCUCGCAACUGCCCUGUGUCUAUUGGUGAUUUCGCUGCCCAUUGUCCUGAUCGUUAUCGUUGUAGCGCUGAGACUUCGCGUCGCGGCCAGUUCGGGCCAGGUGCUGGCAGGAGAGGAAACUGUUGCUUUCUUCCACCCCUAUGCCCAUGCAGGCGGUGGUGGAGAACGCGUGUUAUGGUGCUCGAUCCGAGCCUUGCAGCAGAGACACCCAGGCGUGGGCUGCGUGGUGUACACGGGCGACGUUGAGGUGAGCCCCUCUGAUCUGCUUGCGCAGGCCAGCAAGCGCUUCGGAGUGGACAUCAACCCCGAGGGCGUCCACUUCGUCUUCCUGAAGGGCAGACACUGGGUGGAUGCUUCCUCUUGGCCGAGAUUCACGCUUCUGGGCCAAAGCCUGGGAUCCCUUGUUCUGGGCUGGGAAGCCUUGAGCCAGUUCCGACCUGACAUCUUCAUCGACUCCAUGGGCUACGCCUUUACUUUGCCCCUGUUCCGCAUCAUUGGCGGUUGCCGAGUUGGAUGCUAUGUGCAUUAUCCAACAAUCUCGACCGACAUGCUGGAGCAGGUCCGAGGUCGCAGAAGUGAUGGCGUGUGCAACGAUGCGCUGGUCGCGCGAUCCAGGGCGCUCUCCAGCGCAAAGCUGCUGUACUACAGGAUCUUUGCCGCGCUAUAUGGGCUCGCUGGGAGUUUCGCUGAAGUAGUGCUGGUCAACUCAUCCUGGACAAGGAAUCACAUCAUCGCGCUUUGGAAGAUGCCAGCGCGGACUUCCAUCGCGUACCCGCCUUGCGAUACAGCUUCCUUUGCCGCGCUCCCGCUUGAGCGUGCAGAGAAGGACUUCCCCGCGUUGGUGCUGUCGCUCGCCCAGUUCCGGCCGGAGAAGAACCACGCACUGCAGCUUCGGGCCUUCUCCCAGUACCUGAAGGGAGGUGGUAGCCGAGCGCGACUGGUGCUGGCUGGAGGCUGCCGGGAUGAGGCGGAUGCUGCACGCGUGAAAGACUUGCAGAAACUGGCUGCGGAGCUGGGUCUGCGAGAGGACGGUCAGGCAGCCGAUUGGAAUGUCAGUUUCAAGACAAAUGUGCCCUUGCAGGAGAUGCAGAAGCUGCUGGCACAAGCAGACGUGGGAUUGCACACCAUGAGGGAUGAACACUUCGGCAUCAGUGUGGUUGAGUUCAUGGCUGCCGGAGCCGUCGUCGUAGCUCACAAUUCCGCUGGCCCAGCCAUGGAUAUUGUGACUCCCUUGCCAGAUGGUAGGCGGACAGGCCUGCUCGCAACCGAUGACGACGACUACGCCAGGCAGCUGAAGGUGGUAUUGGAUGACAUGAGUGCCGGACAGCGGCUUGAGAUGGCUGCUGCGGCGCGGGAGGCAGUGCGCCACCGCUUUUCCCAAGAGGUCUUCGAAGAGGUCGUGGCGGAACGUCUGGUUGCGCCGCUUCGAACCCCGGGGAAGAGAGAGACUUGACCCGUUUG